AUGUUUCUUAUUAUUAACUUGUAUUACGGUAAUUCAUCUGCAAAUAUCUCUAAUGUUCUAUCACCUCCAAUAGUUCAUGUCUCUUAUUAUCAACUUGAAUCAGUAUUGCGUCCAAUUUGUGUUAAACUUGAACCCGUCGCUAUCAAAACAGGCCCUGGCAUCAAAUACUAA